GCCAUUUGGGUCCAUUUUGUUUUUCUAUGGCAGCUCGCUUAUUGCGAGUGCACGGCCAUGGCGCCGCAGGGCAGCUCUAUUUCAUUUUCAACUCCAAAUUCCUACUUCAAUACUCAACAACUGCAGUUGCUACUACCUGUGACCCGACCCAUUUCCUGAUGAACUAUCUUGUGGACUCUCUCGGAUUCUCUAAAGAAGAAGCCAUUACAACAAACACUAAGGUAACUCGUUUAAAACCCACUGAAAAUCCUCAGCUUGUCCUAAAUUUCUUCGAACAAAGUGGUUUAGACAAAACCCAUAUCGGUAAAAUUGUGUCUGCUGUUCCCAAGUUGCUUUUAUGUGAUGUUGACAAAACCCUAAAACCCAAACUUGACAUUCUUCAUGACCUUGGUUUAUCUGGUUCUGACUUAGUCAAAGUCAUUACUGGAAGUAUGUCUAUUUUGAAAAACACAGAAGUUUCUGACAUGAAAUCUUGUGUCAGUUAUCUUAGAAAGGUUUUGGGUAGUGAUGAGAAUGUAAUGAAAGCUGUUAAGAAAAAACCAUGUUUGCUCUCUGUUAAAGGAUGUGAAAGAUUGAGGACCAAUAUGUUGUUUUUUCAAAGUAUUGGGUUUUCAGAUGAGGAAAUCAAGAAAUUCAUAGUUCAAAAUCCAUAUACUCUUUUGGCUAGUCCUGAGAGUGUAGAGGAUAAAGUGGACAGGCUUAAAAAAGAUUUUAAUAUCUCUCAAGGGUCGGGAAUGUUUAUCCAUGGAGUUGCUGUGCUUAUUUCGAUGAAAGAAGCGACUGUAGACACAAAAUUUGGCGUUUUCAGGGAUUAUGGAUGGUCUAAAUGGGACAUAAUUAAAUUGGUCCAGCUUUUGCCUUAUUGUUUGAGGCUGUCACAAGAGAGAUUGCGAGCUGCGCUAAACUUCUACAUGGGGGAACUCGGUUUGAAACCUGCUUACUUGGCUUCUCAUCCAACGCUGCUUAUGUUUAGUAUGAAAAAGAGGGUUUUGCCUCGGUUGGAACUCAUGAGAAGUUUAGUGGAGAAGAAAUUAUACGAUGAAGAUUACAAUCUGUAUACUGUUCUGUUGCCAUCAGAUCCGAAAUUUUAUCAGGUUUAUGUGCUGCCCUACAAGGAUAUGAUACCUGAUUUGUGUGAACUAUACAACAAAAUUCAACUGCAUGGAAAAGCCAAAAAGUAAUAUGCUGCUCGAGAGAGGUUUGUAUUUUGGCUCAACAACAACUUUUCGAUAUUGUGCUGGAUGAGACAUGAGAGAAUUGCAGGGUGGUUGAGGCCUGGUCAAAGUGGAGGAAUCAAAAGUUUUGGCAUUUGAUAAAGAAGGGUGGUGACUGCAAUAGCUUUAAGCUGAUUCACUUGCGUUUGUCUGGAGCACUUGAUCUGCAAUUGCAAGUCGUCUCAUGCAUGCACUCGUACAGAUUGCAGUUUGAUAACGUUCUGUCAAAGAAGCUGAAGCAGAGCCAGUGAUGCAUGGUCUUAUUCUGUAUUAGCUUUCACUAGUUUUAACUUUGUAAGCUGGAUGUAACUUUAGUGUCAAUAUCUCACAAGCUUAACAAAUAGCAAUGCUGGCAAUUGUCUCUGAAUCGUGAGCAACGUGGUUACAUACACGCUUUUGAUAAUUCUCAAAUUUUCAGUAUUUAAUAAUCACAACAUUUAGCAGUUGUGAUUAUUUUUCAAUUA